AUGACUUCAUCAUACCAAUUUUUGGCUAAUGAGCUCCCAGACCAAGUAUUUGAACCAUUGAAAACGUUAUCGGUAAUUCACACAGACCCAUCUCUAUCCUCAGAUCUUUCGGCUGCAUCAGAGAACGCUUUUUACUACAAAUGCAUCGCCAAUGAUGUCUUUGGCAUUUUCAAAGCAAUUGAGCAAAGCAAAGCAACAUUUUUUUCAGUUGCUCUUGUAGACGGCGACAAUAAGCUCACUUGGAACUCUCAAGAAGCUGAUAUCUUUUCGAUAUCGCUUAGUCAACACGCAUACUCCCACAAUGCCUAUGUAGGCCGAUAUUUGAAAUUCACUAAACAAAUUGCACCCAAGGGAUCGCCUCAGUAUGGCACGAGGUUUGAGGCGCUGGCUAAAAGAGAAGGCGCGAAAUACAGCAAAGAUGUCCACGCCAUGAUAGAGGCUGUCUUUCCCGGAUCUGAGGUUUGCGUGCUCACUGAUAGGCCACUAAACGACUUCGAGACUGAGUCAGUCACAUUUCAAGAGGUGCGGACUUCUGUCAAAACAGUCGAGAUUUCGGCCCAUACUGAUUUGUCUCCUUUGGCUUCAAGCACAGUCUCAGACGAAGAAUCGUACAAAUUUCUAGAGUACCUCUCUUUACUACACCUAAAUGCAUACCCAGACUUGAGUAACUCUCAUGUCGCUGCUACUAAUUCAUACGAGCCGGAAUUGAGUUCUGGCGAUAAGAUGAAGAACGAGAUAUAUUACUUGACGUAUUUAUCCGCAGCAAAUCCGCUCAUUUUAUCCUCGAUGCUACAGAACACAAAGUGCUUAUCAGUUCAAGGAACUACUGAAACAAAGAGCAUCACAAGCCUUUACACUACCGAGAACUUAUACACAUGGGAGGUCUCAAAAAGCAAGAAAGAUUCGACACACUGA